CUUGGGUUUAGCCUUGCGGUACUCUCCCCUUUGCCUGGGACUUUCUCUGGCAGUCCUCUCUCUGCUUGAGGGUCUGGACUCCAGAUCAGAGAAGAAAUCGAAAAUGGCUAAAACUGGCCGAGAGAGAGUUUCUUCUUAGGAUUUUACACUGUAAAGGAGAAAGUUUCAGAACGCUUUGAAACAAAGUAAGAAUGAAGUCUUGCUUCAAGCCAAACAAGCUGGCAUCUUUGUAGGCAGGAGAUGUAACACUGGUAAAUAUUUACUGCAAGAUUCUUAACCAGGAGAAACUCCGGCUUGUUCGAGGAGUAAAUGUUUUACAGGAGAGGUGAGAUCUGCGUGUGCCUCUGUGUUCUUUCCAAGUGACUUCUGGAGACAGUCUUAGAUGACUGGCUAAGACAAAAUGCCCUAGUGAUCCCCGAGGCACAGCCAGAUUGUGGGUACCAUGUCUACCACACAAAGGAAAGACGACAGCCACCUGUUUGCCAGUCUGUGCACGUGCCAGCUGAAGGUGCAGGAGGACCAGCAACAGCCAGAAAAAUAUGUCAUUGCUCAACCAACAUUUGUUUUUGAGAAAGGAGAACACACUUUCAAGAGACCUGCAGAAGACAGCCUGGAUGAAACAGCAGAACAUGAAUUCAGUGGUUUCUCAAGAAAACGCAUAAGGUCUUCAUCUGUCACACUUUAUAGUACAGAUUCCGAGUCUCCGGGAGUGGCAGCUUCGUCUCAGACACGCCUGAGGUCUUCAUCAUUCACUGAUGCCCCAACCUUCCCCCCCUCUGGACCAGUGAAGAAAAACAAUGUUUUUAUGACAUCAAGUCUGGUGCAAAGGAAUAUUGACAUGAGCAGCCUAGAGCAAGGUUCUAUGAGGCCUUCGGAGCAUGUUCUAAGACCUGCUAUUUUGCAGCCACCUCAAACCCAAAGCUGCAAAAACAUAAGCAAAACAUUUGGGCAUGGUGAAUUGAAAUCCUGCAAAAUUAAGGAAAAUAUCAAGCACAAGAUAUCUGAUGCAAACUCUGGUUUGCAAAGUGAAAAUUUACCAAAUGCCAGUUCAGUCCAGCUGUCUACUGAUCUACACAUCUCAGAGGAAACCGUGGGAUGCCAACCAACAGAAGAUAAGCGUUCUUUUCAAAGCUGCAGUUCUGACUUUGUUUUUGGAGAAAACAUGGUAGAAAGAGUUUUGGGCACCCAAAAGCUCACUCAGUCUUCACUUCAAAACCAUUCAUAUGCCAAGGAAAAAACAUUCAAAUCUGUCCUGAAAUGUCCUAACGCCUCUUCAGAUCCAAACUCUAUUAAAAGUCUAUCCUUAAUUGAAUCAGCUGCUGCCUUUUCUUCUAAACCAUCACAAAAAUGCUUGCUUGAGAAAAUUGAUGUCAUAACAGGAGAAGAAACGGAACAUAAUGUAUUAAAGAUCAACUGCAAGAUCUUUGUAUUCACCAAAAUAACACAAUCCUGGACUGAAAGAGGCCGAGGAAUCUUGCGGCUGAAUGACAUAGCCAGCGGUGACUGUGGGACACUGCAGUCAAGACUAAUCAUGCGCAACCAAGGCAACCUGAGGCUGGUCCUCAACAGCAGACUCUGGACCCAGAUGAAGAUUCAGAGAGCAAAUCACAGAAAUCUGCGAAUGACUGCGACCGAUUUAGAAGACGAUGGUAUAAAAAUAUUCUUAAUUCAGGCUAGUGCCAAAGACAUAGGCUAUCUGUAUGCAGCGAUACAUCACCGCCUCGUUGCCCUCCGAAGCCUCAGGAAGCACGCUGAAGGCGAUCCUGCUGAAAGCCAAUUGGACACAGUCGUCCAGCAAUUCAGCUGUGACGAGGACGAGGAGGACUUCAUCCAAGUCACUAAAAAUGGAUCAGGCCCUUCAAGGUGGAACUACAGACAGUCAGUUGUCUGUUCCUAGCACUCCCUCCUGUCACCAAUACAUCUACAGGAACUGGUCACUCUCCUGAAAUGCCAGGCCGUCCUAACCGAGGAGAUGCUGCACAUACCUUGAAGAGGUUUUUUUUUUUUAUGAGAGAAACACAAUUUAUUGUAAUUAAAAGUUUUAUGUUUUAUAUUUUGAAUAUUGUGGACAGAAUUUAAGAAAUGAACUUCAGAAGAUAAAAAUUCAUCUUAAUCUAGAAUAGGAUUUAGUAACUAAUUUGGAUAACUCAUCAUGUUGAUGAAUAUAAUAAUUAAAAGUAUAAAUUGUUGGCUUUGAUAAAUAUCUAACUAAAGUAUUUAUUUUAGUCAUACAUUGGCUAUAGAAAUAAUACUAAAUUUACAGUCAUAUCUUUAAAAAUAUUAUAGCUGCAAAGCAUUUUAUUAAAUCAUGUUUAACUUCUGAGAAAUGUAUAUUUUCACUUGCAUUUUCAGUUUCCUAAUAGAUAUAUUCAGGGAGAAAUUCUUUUACAAAAGUGUCCACUCAUGGACUUGUAUCCAUUGCAUCUUAUGUAUGUGACUCACAAUCAGUUCACAACUGUUGGUGAAUAAUGGAACAAAAUGUAAUAUAUUACCAUGUGUCAAAAAAUACAAAAGCCAAAUAUCAAUGUUCUUUAUUUAUGCGAUUGUCAUUAAUAUGGUCUCGUAGUGUGUGGAUAUGUAGAAACCCUUUUAUAACAAAUGUAUUAUAUAUAGUCAAAUGACUAUCUCAAAUUCUACCAUUAUGGUAUAGUAAUUUCAAUAUUUUUCAGAAGAUGUUUUUAUGCCCUUUUGAUAUUUCAGAGGUAUUUUAUGAAGCAAAUAUGAAAAUCAGUCUCAGUACUUAGGGCCAUGUUUUAUUUUAUUAGUGGCCCUAACCAGUUCCAUCCCAGGAUAAGGAUUCAGGAUCCUGAACGUUUCUGAAUGUGACCUGAACCCUCACGUACAUACUUGUAAUGAGGUAUAACUGCACAAACCGCUACACUGAAGAAACAGUUAUUUGCAAGUAUAUAUCUGAAUAGAUAUUUUAAAAGUUAACAUUGCUUAAUUGCCUUCCUAGCAACAAAAGCAUCUGCGUGUACGUAUUUACCAACCAAAGCUCAGCUCAAAUCUCACAGUUUAGCAUACUGCAGCCGAAUAAGCUCUUAAGAGUAGGAUUUGAUUAAUAUGUUCAGAAGAAAAGAGAAAGGGGACACCGAAGAGAUAGAGACAGCUCCAGGGAAAGGAGUAAUUUAGAUAAUUAAGAUUAUAAAAGGAACUCUGGUGCAGAACCCCCUCAGUGGAUAUUUCUUACUAGUAACAUAAGAGUCAGGGAGGCACUUGAAGACCAUAUGAAAGCACUGGUUCACCUAUAAGACCUUAGCUUUUUGGGAACGUUGUAAUUAUAGAAUAAUUGUUGAAGCAAGCAGAAAACAGAGGCCCCUUUAUCUCUUGGAAUGUUUCUCCUUGUUCCUACACUGGAAUGGAAAUGAAGCAACAUUUUGUCUGUGUGCCAACUAUUUUACUAUAAGUUGAAUCGACUCUGACUUUCUUUGGUCUUCUGUACAGAUAGCAAAGGAGAAACAAACUUACUUGUGGACUAUACAGAAAUGUCAGGAGAUCCCCAAGUAGGUUAGAAUGUCAGCAAAGCAGGGACAGUGAAAACUUCUGGAUCAUGAAACAGUGACAAAGAGCAGAAACAUGAGAUAUAAUGAAAUAUUUCUUCAUCUUGAUUACAAAAAAAAUCUAGCCUUCCUCCCCCUUUCUUGUUUUUUGUUUUGUUUUUUUUUUUUUUCUACAAACUUUAUCUCCUUUCAAUAAGAGGUAACCAAUUAUAUAAUAAUAUCAAUUUUCUUAAGUUAUGCAGAAGGUGAUUGCUAAUCCUACAUUCUGGAUUUUCAGACAAGUUAUUUUUAUCAAAAACUUCUAAUUUUAUGUUGAAUUAAGAUAUUUUAAUAUAAUCUAAACA